GCCCAAAAUAGUUAAAGAAGGCACAAACAACACACAUCAAUCUUACAAAUUGGAUAAUUGUUUAUUGAGUGAGUGAUCCAGUCUUCACUCAGAGCGCGUGGUUUCGUAAAUUGCUCGCUCUCCAGAUCUACAUACUUCUCUGGAAGAUCCAAUCAUCAACCCGUUUACCCGGGAAUCCCAGGCGGUAAGCCCAGACUAAUCCCCACAAGACCUUCCAUCCGGGUACGCACGGUUAUAGGCAGAAAGGGGGCCAAGGCGACUCGAACCCAGGACGGGCACUCCAGCUGGAGUUCCAUUACCACUAGGCCAAGAGCUCUUGGUUUCAAUUUAACAUGUUUGGUGGGAGAAGUUACAUACUCAGAGGCAGUGUUUCACUUGCCUUAGUCAUCCUCAUCCUAUUCAUGAUAACCCUCCUUGUCUCCGAGGAUAACCCUCUUCAUACUUCUCUCUUUGAUGUUAAACUUUACUUCACAGCUUCUUCUUCAGUUUGUAACUUUGCAAAAGGGAAAUGGGUUAAAGACAAGAACAGACCAUUGUAUUCUGGUUUUGAAUGUAAACAGUGGUUGUCAACCAUGUGGUCAUGUAGAGUAAUGGGCAGGCCAGACUUCUCUUUUGAGGGUUACCGGUGGCAACCACAAGGUUGCAACGUGCCACAGUUUGACAGAUUCACCUUCUUGAAUAGAAUGCAGAACAAGACGAUAGCAUUUAUAGGAGACUCAUUGGGACGGCAACAGUUUCAGUCUCUAAUGUGCAUGGCCACUGGUGGUGAAGAGAGCCCAGAGGUUCAAAACGUGGGAUGGGAGUAUGGUCUAGUGAAACCCAAAGGAGCCAUUCGUCCUGAUGGUUGGGCUUAUCGGUUCCCAACCACAAACACAACCAUCUUAUACUACUGGUCAGCUAGUUUAUCAGAUUUAGUACCCAUGAACAACACUGAUCCCCCUCAAAAUAUAGCAAUGCAUCUUGACCGUCCACCAGCGUUCAUGAGAAACUACCUCCACCGUUUCGAUGUGUUGAUUCUAAACACUGGUCACCAUUGGAACAGAGGGAAGAUAGAAGGAAACCAUUGGGUGAUGCACGUAAACGGCACACAAGUCGAAGGAGAGUUUCUCAAAGAUAUCAAAUACGCUAAAGAUUUCACAAUACGCAGCGUUGUGAAGUGGCUAGACGCAGAGCUUCCACUGCAUCCAGGUUUAAGAGCUUUCUUUAGGACGAUAUCUCCGAGGCAUUUUAGAAAUGGAGAUUGGAACACAGGUGGGAACUGUAAUAACACGGUUCCUUUGUCUAGAGGAAGUGAGAUCACAGGGGAGGGUGAUGGAUCGGUUGAUACGACGGUGGAGAGUGCUGUGAAUGGGACAAGGAUCAAGAUUCUUGACAUAACUGCAUUGUCUGAGCUGAGAGAUGAAGCUCAUAUCUCAGGGUCUAAACUCAAACCUAGAAAACCUAAAAAGGCUGUGAGUAACGUGACGUCCACGGCUCCUAUUGUCAACGAUUGCUUGCAUUGGUGCUUACCUGGGGUUCCAGAUACUUGGAAUGAACUAUUCAUUGCUCAGAUUUAA